UUUAUCCUAAGGGACAUAAUCCUAAUCCCCAUCCUUGUAGGGUCAUUCUUGUUAGCUUAAGGUUCUGAAUCCUGGGACUGGGGAAGCUGGGUCAGGUGAGCCAGGGCACAGAAGAGUGUAAUGGGAGGGGGUGGGGGCUGUGAAUGUUGACAGACCUACAGGAGAUCCCAAUAUUGAAUCAGGUGCAGAUCUCUUUGCUCAACUUGUGAAAAGUGGGGGGCCCAUGAAGGGACUGGAAGGGCUCUGGAGUGGGCAGGGAAGCAGAUGCAGCUGAGAGAGACACAUUGGCAGUGUCUGAGGUAAAACAAGUCAUGUGAAGUAGGCAUCAUUUUGCUCUGUAAGUGCCUCACCCCAGGCCAGUUGCAUCGGGAAGGAAGUCCUAGUACUAUUUAGCCCUUUGAUGUAAAUAACGGAGCAUUUCAGAACUUGAAGGUCCAAAGGAGAGUCUCAGGUUUUAUGUGUGGAGCAAACAGGGAAAGAAUGAGAAGCUAGUGUCUCUUUUAAUUCCUGCCUCUGCUGGUCUGUUUUCUCUUUACCCAAUCUCCUGCCUCAGCCUAACACCAGAGCCGUUCCUCGACACAUAUGCCCCUCUGCUGCUUCCUCUUCUUAGUCUGACAGCCCAUUUUCCACUCUUCUCUAGACUUGCACAACACUUCCCUUCUCUAUUCCCAUCCCACAUUCUCUCCCAGCUAACAACAAACGUUGCUCAGAAUUCAAACCCAAUUAAGAUGUGUAUGUGUAUGUCAAGUCUUGAUGCUCUCAGCAGGGCGACGAUGUGUAGACAGGGCUCCAAGACCACAUCAGAGUCACUGAAGAGCCUUGACAAAGAGGAGAUACUACACGCUUCAAUCACAAGAAAACAUGGGAGCAGUUGGAAAGCUAAGAGCUCUGGCCUUCGCUGGCCAGCAACUCAAGGCCUCCUAGGAUGUGUUUUCCAUGCCAGGCAGUCUUCCUUGAAACUUGAUGAAAGAGUCACUAUCUCUGUCAUUUUUCAAGAUAGAUUCCUCGGCCCACCUGUGCCCCACCCAACUCCGUGCAGAAGUGCAAAAGGUCAAGCCGCCUCCAUGGCCCCGGGAAAGAUUCAGGGGAGAGGCCCCAUCCAGGGAGCCCCUCCAGCCAGACACCCUGGCCAGAAUGGAGCUGACUGAUUUGCUCCUGGUGACCAUGCUUCUCCUCACUGCAAGACUAACUCUGUCCAGCCCAGUUCCUCCCGCCUGUGACCGCAGACUCCUAAAUAAACUGCUCCGUGACUCCCAUCUCCUUCACAGCCGACUGAGUCAGUGCCCUGACAUUAACCCUUUGUCUACACCCAUCCUGCUGCCAGCUGUGGACUUUAGCCUCGGAGAAUGGAAAGCCCAGACGGAACAGUCCAAGGCACAGGACAUUCUAGGAGCAGUGACUCUUCUCCUGGAGGGAGUGAUGGCAGCACGAGGACAGUUGGAACCCUCCUGCCUUUCAUCUCUCCUGGGACAGCUUUCUGGGCAGGUUCGCCUCCUCUUGGGGGCCUUGCAGGGCCUCUUAGGAACCCAGCUUCCUCCACAGGGCAGGACCACAGCCCACAAGGAUCCCAAUGCCAUCUUCUUGAGCUUGCUACAACUGCUUCGAGGAAAGGUGCGCUUCCUGCUGGUAGUAGACGGCCCCACCCUUUGUGUCAGACGGGCCCUGCCCACCCCGGCUGUCUCCAGCAGUACCUCUCAACUCCUCACACUAAACAAGCUCCCAAACAGGACUUCUGGAUUGUUGGAGACAAACUUCAGUGUCGUAGCCAAAACCACUGGCCCUGGACUCCUGAACAGGCUUCAAGGAUUCGGAGCCAAGAUUAUUCUCGAUCAGCUAAAUCAAACCUCCAGGUCCCCAGGCCAAAUCCCUGGAUACCUGAACAGGACACACGGAACUGUGAAUGGAACUCACCGGCUCUUUGCUGGAGCCUCACUUCAGACCCAGGAAGCCCCAGACGUUCUGCCAGGAGCUUUGAACAAAGGCUCCUUGCCACUCAACCUCCAGACUGGACAUCCUCCUUCUCCAACCCAUGCUCCUGACCGACACACUCUCUUCUCUCCUUCACCUACCUUGCCCACCCAUGGGUCUCCACCCCAAUUCUACCCCCUGGUUCCUGACCCUUCCACCACUAUGCCUAAAUCUACCAGUCCUCAUCCAAUCGCAAUGUACCCUCAUUUCCAGAAUUUGUCUCAGGAAGCAUAAGGACCAACCACAGGCACAGCCAGCGCCUGUAGCAUCUCUCGGGGACAAGCCUUCCCCAACAGAGGCUCUGAGAGGCAACUGCAGCUACAUGUCCUGCUUUCACCUGGAACCCAAGGCCCUGGGAAAAAGAUACACAGGACAGGACAUCGUAAAAUUUUAGGAACUAUUUUUUUUUAACCUAUCAGCAAUAUUCAUCAGAGCAGCUAGUUAUCUUUGGUCUACUUUCUGUAUAAAUUUGAAAAAUAACAAAUUCUCUAUAUGUGCUUUCAUACAAUAAUUCUGCAAGUACCUAGACUUGAUCUAGCCUUUUAGAGGAGGCAGAGAGUAAUACUGUGUGAGAAAACAAAAAGAAAAGUUUCCUUUGCUUAAGGGCCCCCAAUGUCCUCAUUUCCUUCACUAUAAUUCUCAGUGAGAAUAUUUGGUCCUCAAGAGAUACUGCUCUUGAUAAAGGAAUAGCAGUUUACCUCUUAGAAAGGCUGUCCCUAUAUAAAAACCAAACUGAGCCUGUAAGAGAAUAAACGAGAGCAUCCAAAAGCCAACUAAAAACCAAGGGACUGAUGUUCUUCAAUGGGACAAUAGCGCUCCUGGACCUACCUCCCGAGAAAGCUAACAGGAAGCCUGGGGAACUCCACACCCCAGGUAAGGCUGUGCAGAUGGUUCGGUAAAGACUAGACCUGGAUGCAGCAGCUGAGCAAACAGCUAAGCGCAUCAGCAGCUCAGCAGGGGCUUAGCCAGGCCUGGGCUCCUGCUUCCCUCCUGUGGAGGUCAGACGGAAGUGCAGGAAGUGGCAAGAGUCAGGCUCCAUACCUCACACAGCAGGACAGACGCAGAGCAGUUGAAGGCUCUUUCUAACUUCCACAAAUGCACCUAAAGCACAGCUUUGUGUGACCACCAUGAACUCUAAUGGGAACCCCAAGAAUGAAGGCAGACUUCUGGGGUUUUGCAAGGAAGUGCUUUGUUGGUGUCAGAGGUUUACUUUGCCACAAACAAACAAACAAACAAAAAAAAAAACAACAACGAAACAGUAUUGCCGAGGGUCUACCUGCUAUUGCCAGGGUCUGAGCUUUUCCUCUGUCCUGUCCUAAAGUAAAGAAGGAAAGGCUACCAUGUAGGUACAGCGGCUGGGAUCCCACAGUUCCUGCCACACACAAAAAGGCAAGGGAGAGGUGUUCCUCACCGAGGCAACAGAUGUCCCAGAAUCAUCCUACAACUCUGCACAGUAGGUAUUAUCCAUCUCUGCGUUACACACACUACCCCAAGGCCAGACGGGCUUCCCAGUGGUCACAUAGCCUUGAGGCAGAAAGGGACACCCGGUCCAAGUCUCAGCCCACGCAUCUACCUAGUACUGUGCGCAGUGACAUGUACUCCAGUGAAUCUAUUUAACAGAAACUUCCAAGCCCUCCGAGACUAAAUACUCUUAAGUUCUGAGGAGACCAGAGCUGGUGGGGAUUCGACCCAGACAUCCUCUCUAGGUGUCCACGAAAAAGGAUCAACAGAGGCACAGAGCUAAAAAAAAUGUUACCAAAAUCAGACCGUGUCAGUUCUAUAUGACAGAACUUCAUCUACUAAUUCUAGAAUAACAUAAUUUGUAAGUUGUUAUAACACUAAAAGGAGUUAACCUUAACAUAAAAAUAAAUAAAUAAAUAAA